CGUUCAUCGAGUUAGUCGAGCUCAGACAUCAGUCGUGAGCGGUCGUGAUUUUAGCGACGUUCAACAGAAGAGACGAGUAGAAGAGUGCACACUCUUUCGUCACGUUUCCUUCGGUUCAUCGUCGGAUUUACGUUCGUACCGCAAUUCCUUCAAUUACUCUGUCGUCCGCAACGAUUAGCGGACGAGGAGGAACGUCGAGCACAGCUGAUUGUUGGAUUACAGUGAAGUGAUCGAUUUCGAUUCACAGUGCUUUCACGUUGAUCGAAAUUAUUUGACUUGGGGAAGUUUUUCGGAAGUUCUGUGAUACAGAAUAUAAAUCAUGGUGACUGGAGUGGGUGCCACGAUGCCGACGGGUGGUGUCACCGUCGGCGCUACCCCACCCGCGCAACACGUGCCCCAGGAGGCUGGUCAGCCUCCUGCGCAAACCACCCCUACUGCCACAACGACUACAAGAAGAUCUGGCGAAAAUCGACGGAGUAAUAAACCCAUCAUGGAGAAAAGACGUCGAGCCCGUAUUAACAACAGCUUGAACGAUUUAAAAACUCUCGUUUUGGAAUCUAUGAAAAAAGACCCAUCAAGGCACUCGAAGCUCGAGAAGGCUGACAUUUUGGAACUGACCGUGAAGCAUUUAGAGGCCCUACAACGACAGCAAAUCGCUAUGGCUGCCGCAGCAGAUCCGAACACCCUCAACAAAUUCCGCGCCGGUUACACGGAGUGCGCCAGCGAGGUUGGCAAGUUUCCCGGUCUAGAUGCUUCGGUGAAGAGACGUCUGAUGGCCCAUUUGGCUUCAUGCCUGGGUCCAAUCGAUGCCAACAACACCAACAAUCAAACGACGACGACUCAACAGGCUGUCCAACCAGCGCCGCCGACGACGCAAUUGCAAGUGCAUAUUCUACCUCAACUUGACACACCACGUAUUCAAGUCCAGCAAUCAAAUGGCAUUUUCUUUACUAACGCCAAUGGUACGGCCUUGCAUCUAUUACCGACCAGACUACCAAAUGGUGAUAUCGCUUUGGUACUUCCGGCGGGAGCGAAGGCGCCAAUCACGUCGUCGCCGUCUUCGUCUCCGGCGCCAAGCUCACCGUUACCACAUCUGAUCCCGAUUCCUCAAAGGACCGCGAGCACCGCGUCCGCAUCGUCGACGAGUUCAUCCAACAGCUCGACAUCCACAUCAUGCCUUACGCAACAAGAAUCACCGAGGUCUUCCAUUCUGUUUCUUGUACGUAAAACUCUAAGCGGUUUGUAG